AUGCCACCCAGCAAUGUCGAUGCUAACGCGCCCGAACAAGGACAUUACUAUACCUCCCCACCCCUCACCAUAAUUAUAACCAUCAUCAUACUUGUCUUUUUACUUGUUGGUUUUUUCACGCUCUACUUCUGUAAAUGCUUCUUUCAAAAUUUUCUGGAAUCGAGGGUCGGUCAGAGGACAAGCUCUAAUCGCACUGCUGCAGAUAAUCCCAAUGCAGCCGCUUUUACAGGCCUUGAUCCUGCAAUCGUCAACACCUUUCCCACCUUCACGUACUCGUCUGUGAAAGAAUAUCGACGAGCAAAGUAUAGCCUAGAAUGUGCCAUUUGUUUACUUGAGUUUGAAGACGAUCAUAUCAUACGAUUGGUAAAAAUAUGUUCCCAUGCUUUCCAUCAAGAUUGCAUUGACCUUUGGUUAGAAAUGCACAAAACUUGUCCUGUUUGUCGAAGAAACCUUGACUCGAUCCUAGAAGGCACUCCUUCUUGUACUCCCUCUCACGACGAAGAGGAUUCAAUGAAAGAUAGCGUAGCCAUUACUAUAAGAGACGAUCAUGAAGGAACAAAUCACGGAGAGAAAAAACGAGGCACCAAUGAUUUCAUUGGGAGGUCUAACACAACAGGGCACUCGAUUUUCACAAGUAGAGAGGAAGAAGAUAGAUUUACACUGAGAUUGCCGGAUCAUGUAACACAAGAACUGAUACAGGCGAACCGUUGGCCCAAAAAUCUCCAUACCUCUAGAGAACCGAAACGAAAUGUAUACAUUGUUGGGGAGGGAUCUGAUGGAAAUAUCAAAAAUGUAAAAGUUCCUCCAAUAUUUCUUGAUAAUGGUUGA